AUGGUUCAAAAGGGCAAAGAAGCAGCAGUGGACAGGUCGCAACACUGCCACACGUGCCGACGCCAACGGCUGCGCUGCGACGGCGUCCGUCCGACAUGCAACAAGUGCCUCGCCCGCGGCGUCGACUGCCUCGGCUACGGCACGCAGGCGCUGCUCUGGGUGCAACCGCAGUCGAAGUCGUCGGGCACGCAGGCGGACCACCAGCAGCAGCAGAAGGAGCAGGAGACGACCCCGACGGAAGCACGGCAAGGUCGGAAAAAGGGCCGUCCGAAGCUGGUGUUGAUGCAGCGCACCGCGGCGGAGCUUGCCCUGCCCGACGGCGAGGAGCUGGAGCUGACGAGGAAGCCGAAAGCCACACAUCUGACCGCGUACCGCAAGUACAUGAAGAUGCGUGGCUUCCGCGACGAGUACCUGCGACGACGCAAGAUUGUGCUGAGCCCGGGCUUGGACCCCGAAGGUUACCAGAUGCAGCGACUGAUAAUCGAUUCGCUCCGUUACUAUGACGAACAUGUGUGCUCGGAUCUGGUCCUCCUCGACACCCCCGCGAAUCCGUUCCGCGUCCUCGUCGAGUUUUGGAGCUACCUCCCCGACAUCGUCUCGGACCCCCUCGUCUCCGUCUCGGCCGUCCACCGCAUCAGCAAGACGCAGUCGGCGCUCGAGGUCGCCGCCUACGUGCCGGGGUACAAGUACGAGCUCCGGCGCAACAGGCUGCUCUCGGUCAAGCACCCGCUGGUGCCCGUCGUCUUUCGGCACCAGCAGCGCAUGGCCGGUGCUCUGGCCGCCAUGGUGGCCGACGCGGAACAGUGUGAGCAUCGUGGUCUUCUCGAAGCCAUCACCACUUUGAUCUUGUGCGAGGUUCAACAAUCGCUCUUUGGGAACUGGGACAAGCAUCUCCUCGGAGCCCAGGCCAUCAUCGCCGCUCGAGGAGGAAUAGAGACGUUUGUGUCGGAAAAGCUGAAUCCAGUCAACUUUGAUCUGUGCACAGUCAUGCAGGUGGAGGUGAUGCGAGACGUUGGGUCACCAUCGUGUCUUUUGCGCGCCAAAAAGGCCGUGCUUGAGGACUAUCUGGAGCACGUCAUACCCGUAUACCAAGAAGGGUGGCUCUCGGGGUUCCCAUGCACAGACUUUCUGAUGAGCUCCCUCGUACGCAUCAACAUGGCUCGCUACGACGACUACCAAGACAGCGCUGGCGUCGUGACCAGACUAGAUCUGCGACGCAAGCUUCUCGAAGAAAUCGUCGCCUUUUCUCCAGCGGCGUGGCUCGGCUCCCGCACGCAUCAGCUCAAAAAAGUGUUCGGGGAGCGCGCAAAAGAGGUGGAACAAGAAAGCACACGAUGCGCCCUCUUGGACCUCAUACAGUCGUUCCAACUGUCCACCAUGCUGUACGCAACUCGGACGCUGUUCCUGGACAAUGGCAUACAUGUCCUAAUAGGGGCCACUGCUGCAGAGGUCGUGCCGCCCGCGCAGGACCGCUUCUCGCAAAGCACCGCCAGCGGCAGCAUCAUCUACCUGCGGCAGGCCGAGGCGGCUACGCUGGCAGCGCUGGACGCUUCCCUGCGGCGCGUCUGGGCGACGGAGCAGGCGUCGCCGGACUGGUUCGGCAAGUUUACCGUCUGGCCGCUGUUCAUGCUCGGCAUGUCCAUCCACCCCGCCGCCGAGCCGGACGAGACCAAGGACUUUGUGUGCCGGUCGCUGCUGCGGCUCGGCCACCACAUGGGGAGCAUGGCCUACAAGGACGCGAUAUGGGCCAUGCAGCACACCUGGGAGAAGACCGAGAGGUUUGAGCGCUCGCACUGGCUCGGCGAGCUUCCUCUGGACGUCCUGCCGGGGCUCUUCUUCAUGUAA